GAAAAUUAUUUUUAGCUCACAAAAUAUGUAAGUCAUAAAUAAAUUAUGAUUUUGCUUUAAUUCUCUUAAGUCAAAUGAAAUCUAUCUAAACAAAUUAAAAAAAAAAGUGUCAAAAUUAAGGAAUGAAUACAAAAUCAAGGGGCCCCGGCCCCGGUGCUUAUAAACUUCCUCCUAAUGUUGGAUUUGCUAAUCAUGAUGUUCGCAAGCUACGAAAACCGCAAUAUUCAUUUGGAAGUCAAUUUCAACAAUCAUAUCAAACAGACGGUCCAGGUCCUGCUGCUUAUAAUAUUAAUAAAUUAACAAAAUAUGGGAAAGAUGGAACACCUCACUUUACUAUUAGGCCAAAAACUUACGUGAAAGCGGCUUGUAAAAGUCCUGGUCCCGGUUCUAAUGAAGUUCAUACGAAACCAUUUUGGAAUGGACCAAGAGCUCCAGCAUUUAGCAUACAAUCAAAGCAUUAUGCUAUUUCCGAGAAGGUCGAGUCACCAUCUUCAAAUACGUACUAUGUUCAAGAUCAAGUCAUAAAACCGAAACCUCCUAUUUAUAGCUUGGGCAAACUUCUCCCAAAAAAACUCUCCGUUGAUUCCCCUGGCCCAGCAACCUAUGGACGAGUAGAUUUGAAUGUGAAACUUAAAAAAUAUCCAGCUUUUUCAAUGACAGGACGCAAUAUUUACUCUUUCAAGCCAUGUGGAACAGCUUCGACUAAAUAUGAUUUGUCGUACUACCAUCCAGGACCAACUAGACCCGCCUACUCUUUUGGAAACAGACAUUCGGAUUAUGCUCCACCGAUGAUAUUGCCAUGUGAUAAUCUGUACUAGAACAAAAUUGGAUUAAAGUUCUUUCAAAUUGGAGGAACAUAUUGAAUGACUUUGAACUUACUUAGAACCCUGUUGUCUUAAGCAAGUUUAAAAAUGUGUUCUACAUUUAAGCCAUUGAUAUGUUUCUUUGUUUGGAAGAACUGCUUAAAAAUUGUCCCUUAAAAUAUUUAGAGCUGCCUUCUGUUUCAUAUAUCACCAGUUUUUUAGAAUAUUCUAAAUUUUGUGUUUCAACAGUCUUUUUGGUGCACAUGUUUCUUUGAAGGUUGCAAUAAUUUGAUCAGUAGAUAAUUUUGAAUAGAAAGUGUCAGCAAAUAUUCCAUUGAUUGAUAUUUUGCCACCUCCAUAGAACCUCGGCUAACGCAAACCUUAAAAAUUUGACCAAAAAAAAAACAUUAGAAAUUCAAUAUAAAUAAAAAAAAUAGGAAAAAAUGUAAAAUGUA